AUGACCGGUAAAAUCCGUCACUUUGGGAACCAAAACUACGAGAAGCUCAAAAAAAUAUGUGUGAAAAAGAAGCAACCAUUCGUCGAUACUCUCUUCCCGCCCACCAAUCAAUCACUAUUUUUGGAGCAAGGCAGAAGUUCGGAUAUUGUUUGGAAGCGGCCUGCUGAGCUUCAUCCGGACCCGCAUCUUUUUGUGGAAGGAGCAUCGCCGAACGAUGUUACUCAAGGAAUCCUCGGAAACUGUUGGUUUGUAUCUGCGUGCUCUGCUCUCACUCAUAAUCUGAAACUUCUUGCCCAAGUGAUUCCGGAAGCCGAUGAUCAGGAAUGGUCCACAAAGCACACCUACGCUGGAAUCUUCAGAUUUCGAUUUUGGAGAUUUGGAAAAUGGGUGGAGGUGGUGAUUGAUGAUUUGUUGCCGACGAGAGACGGAAAACUGCUCUUCGCGCGUUCAAAAACGCCCAACGAAUUCUGGUCGGCACUUCUGGAGAAGGCGUUCGCCAAACUCUACGGAUGCUAUGAGAAUCUGGUCGGUGGACACUUGUCAGAUGCACUUCAAGAUGUUUCUGGUGGUGUUGCCGAGACGCUUCAUGUCAGAAAGUUUUUGAAAGAUGACCCGACAGACAAAGACCUAAAACUGUUCAACGAUUUGAAAACGGCAUUUGAUAAAGGAGCACUGAUUGUGGCGGCCAUCGCCGCACGGACCAAAGAGGAAAUCGAGGAGUCGCUGGAUUGUGGACUAGUCAAAGGACAUGCAUACGCAGUCAGUGCAGUGUGCACAAUUGAUGUAUCGAAUCCGCAACAGAGGAGUUUGACAUCCUUCAUCAUGGGCUCGAAACAGAAACAAAAUCUAAUCCGCCUCCAAAACCCAUGGGGCGAAAAAGAGUGGAACGGCGAGUGGUCGGAUGAUAGCUCAGAAUGGCAGAAUGUCUCUGAUAGCCAACUAUCAGCAAUGGGCGUGCAACGUGACAAUUCUGACAACAACGACGGUGACUUCUGGAUGCCAUGGGAAUCAUUCGUUCAAUAUUUCACUGAUAUCUCACUUUGUCAACUAUUCAACACCAGUGUCUUCUCCUUUACAAAGUCCUAUGAUGAACAAAUCGUGUUCUCCGAGUGGACUACAAAUGGAAAAAAGAGUGGAGCACCGGAUGAUCGAGCCGGUGGAUGUUUGAACUUUCAGGCGACAUUCUGCAAUAAUCCACAAUACAUUUUUGAUAUUCCCUCUCCGAAUUGCUCAGUGAUGUUCGCACUAACUCAAAAUGAUCCAAGUGAAGGGUUAAAGAAGAGGGAACCGUUUGUAACCAUUGGAAUGCACGUGAUGAAAGUGGAGAAUAAUCGACAGCAUCGUGUACAUCAGGCCAUGCAUCCGAUCGCCACUUCUGACUACGCAUCGGGAAGAUCGGUGUACCUGCACUUGCAAAGUUUGCCACGUGGCAGAUAUCUUUUGGUGCCGACGACUUUUGCGCCGAAAGAACAAGCACUGUUCAUGUUGAGAGUGUACUCCGAUGAGCAUAUUCAUUUUUCACCGUUGUCUAAGCACGCCCCAAAACUCGGCAUAUUCGGAUGCAAAUCCGCGCACAGUGUGACACGUCUCACAAUUCAUGGAGUCAAUUUCAACUCGGCCUCCACAGGAACCCAUCAGGUUUAUGCGAUUCUAAAAGAUUCCAAAAAGUCGUACCGAACGAAAAGUUUGAGUGGAGAGAAGUCGAUCGAGUGGGAAGAGGAGUUUCUGUUUCAUAAAGCCAAAAACCGUCAACAAUACAAACUGGAAAUCUGGGAGGACCGAAAAAUGGCUCGCGACCAUUUAAUGGCUCAAUCCGUCCUUAUUGCACUAAUCGAUAACGAGAAUCGAGAUACGACUGUUCAGUUGGCAGAUCCACGUGGUACAAUCAUUGGCACUGUAUCGAUUACUGUGUCCGCAUUCGAUGAUCCUAUGUACCUUUAA